AUGGCUUGCACCUGCGAAGUAAUUGGCCUUGCCUGCGUAGUGGCCUUAAUACUGAGCGCUACGGCGAAAGCUCCCUAUCAAAUGAGGAUGGUCUUUAUAUUCUUUGGAGCGGGUGCUAUAGUCCUGAUUUGCGUGCCUUUUAUGAUCCUGCGACCGAGGGACUACCGAAAUGCGCUCGUUCCAGCUUGGUGCUUCCGGCAGCUGUGCCGCCUGAUGGGCAUCACGAUGGAGGUUCGGGGCCUGGAGAACGUUCGUAAGGACCACGGUGCUGUGGUGAUCAUGAAUCACCAGAGUGCCGUGGAUCUGUGUGUGCUGGCCCACCUAUGGCCGGUAAUCGGCAGGGCAACGGUCGUGUCCAAAAAAGAGGUGCUCUACCUUCCCUUCUUUGGCAUCGGAGCCUGGCUGUGGGGAACUCUGUUCAUCAAUCGGUCACGCAAGACCGAUUCGAUCAACUCUCUGCAGAAGGAGGCCAAGGCGAUACAGGAGCGGAACUGCAAACUGCUGCUCUUCCCGGAGGGCACACGCAACUCCAAGGACUCUCUGCUGCCCUUCAAGAAGGGCUCGUUCCACAUCGCCCUCCAGGGCAAGAGUCCCGUCCAGCCAGUGGUCAUAUCCAAAUACUCAUUCAUGGACGAUGAGAAGAAGACUUUCCGCCCUGGCCACGCCCUCAUCCACAUCCUUCCAGAGGUGUCGACCGAGAAGUAUGCGAAGGAGGAUGUGCAGCUGUUGAUAGACGAGUGCCAGUCCAUCAUGCAGACGGAGUACACGAAGCUGAGUAAAGAGGGCCAAGCCUUGAGCUCGAAGAAGCAAGCCUAGGACGUGGGUGGGCUACUAAUCAACUCAGGUUACAUGAAAAUAACACCCUGAUAUACAGUAGUUCCUGCUUGGGGAUUUAAUUUAUAUUUAAUCUACAAGAUUUGUCUAAGCGUGAAUAAGAGGAAUCGAAAUGUAAGGGACGUGGAACCAAUUGCCUAUUAUUAAGCUACACUUCAUCGUUAAAUGGGUGUAUUUUUGAUUAAUAUUAACUGUUUUACCUCCAGCACAUGCGUGUGUAUGCCUAGAGCUUUUACUGACCAAAAGUCAACAAAAGACAUUUUUACAAAAGAAGAAAGCACAGUUGUUAGAUGUUUAGCUUUAUGUGUAUAGCAUAUUGAUUUAUAUGAGAAUAAUGAAAUGAGACUAACAUUUCGCACUGAACAAUAAAAGAUAUGAAAGUAAAAAUGAAA